AUGGACCUUAAAGUUAAGGAUUUUCUGGAAACUUUAACGAAAGAGAGAAUCACAGAUGACAGCAUCAUAGUGUUCUUCAGCGAUCAUGGUAUCAGAUAUGGUGAUAUACUUCUGUACAACACAGGAUGGCACGAAGAGAGGUUACCUUUCAUAUAUUUUUCGUUCCCUACUUGGUUCAAAAGGAAGUACCCUAGAUUACUCAAUAAUUUCAAGGCAAACAUGCACAGGCUGACGUCUCCAUAUGAUUUCUACAUGACGCUACAGCACGUUCUGUUACUAGAAGGAAAGAUCUCCGAAUUCAAACCAAGCAUCGCAUGUCCAACAUGCAAAUCAUUUUUCGAUGAGAUUCCUCAUAAUCGAAGCUGUAAGGAUGCUGGGAUUCCAACCCAUUACUGUACCUGUCAAGGGUAUUUAGAGGUACGCCUUUCCCAGGACGUAGCCCAACAUGCCGCACAGCUUCUUAUCGAUGAGGUACACAGUCGCAUCAAGGACAUACCAUCUUGCUUACGUUAUAAGCUACUUAGAGUCAGAAGGACAGCUGUUUCUCAAAAUAGUCUUCUUGAAAAUGAAACUUAUCUCCUAAUGUCGAUAGAAACGAUACCGACAGCUAUCUUUGAAGCAACCUUUAUUGUAUCUGGUGAUAUUUCUCGUAAGGAUAUUUCGCUGGCUGAAAAUAGAUGGAUCAGCAGGUUAGAUCCUACGGGAGGGAACGAUUGGUGUACGAAGAAUUUUAAAAUCUACUGCUUUUGCCCCAAAAAGCAUUAG